GCCGCGGCCGCCUGUGGAGCAGCCGCUGCCGGCGCCUUUCCCGUUCCCGCCCCGUCCCUCCCCCGCCAGGGCAGCAGGAAGCGGGUCUGAUGUCAGCGGCGGCGGCCGCGGCGCGGCUCUGAGCGGCUCACUCACCCCCGCUGCCGUUCCCUCGCCCGCCGCCGCUGGCGGAGGCGGCCAGCUUCGGCCCCGGGGGCGACCCCUUCCCUCAGCCGGAGGCUAGCGGCAGACGCGGCUCUCGGGCUCCGCAGAAGCCGCGGCCUAGGGCAGCCAGCGCAGCGCUCCGCGGGAGGGCGGGAGGGCGCGGGAUGCGGAGUGGUGGUGCCGCCGGCGGGGCCUUCGCCCGGCGCCACUGAGGCCCGCGGCCGCCGCGGAUGCGGCCUCGCCCCGCGCAGCGGCCCAGGGGGCGCCUAGGCCAGGCCCUCCCCGCCUUGCGCCCGCGCGGAGGGCAGGAGCCUCCUCCGCGCCCCACGUAGCCCAGGCCCAGGUUCUCGGCUGCCCGGCGCCAGGCCCCUCCGUCUCUGGCCUGCCCUGGCCUCUCCUCCCCCAGGUGAAAGCAGAGGGAUGUCCGCUGCCGCCUCCGCUGAAAUGAUUGAAACCCCCCCGGUCCUCAACUUCGAAGAAAUCGACUACAAAGAGAUCGAGGUGGAAGAGGUUGUUGGAAGAGGAGCCUUUGGUGUGGUCUGCAAAGCAAAAUGGCGAGCUAAAGAUGUAGCCAUUAAACAAAUAGAAAGUGAAUCUGAAAGAAAAGCCUUCAUUGUAGAGCUUCGACAACUGUCACGAGUAAACCAUCCCAAUAUCGUGAAGUUAUAUGGAGCCUGUCUAAAUCCUGUGUGUCUUGUUAUGGAGUAUGCUGAAGGAGGUUCCCUAUACAAUGUGCUGCAUGGUGCUGAACCUCUGCCUCAUUAUAGUGCUGCACAUGCCAUGAGUUGGUGUUUACAAUGUUCCCAAGGAGUGGCAUAUCUCCACAGUAUGAAACCAAAGGCUCUAAUUCACAGAGACCUGAAACCACCAAAUUUGCUCUUGGUAGCUGGGGGGACAGUUCUAAAAAUCUGUGAUUUUGGUACAGCUUGUGAUAUUCAAACACACAUGACCAACAAUAAGGGAAGUGCUGCUUGGAUGGCACCUGAAGUUUUUGAAGGUAGCAAUUACAGUGAAAAAUGUGACGUUUUCAGUUGGGGUAUUAUUCUCUGGGAGGUAAUCACCCGUAGGAAACCUUUUGAUGAGAUCGGUGGUCCAGCGUUCCGCAUAAUGUGGGCAGUUCACAAUGGUACUAGGCCACCACUGAUCAAAAACUUACCUAAACCAAUUGAGAGUUUAAUGACCCGUUGUUGGUCCAAAGAUCCCUCGCAACGACCAUCCAUGGAGGAAAUUGUUAAAAUAAUGACACACUUGAUGCGGUACUUUCCAGGAGCUGAUGAACCUCUACAGUAUCCUUGCCAGUAUUCAGAUGAAGGCCAAAGCAACUCUGCCACCAGUACAGGUUCAUUCAUGGACAUCACUUCUACAAACACAAGUAACAAAAGUGAUGCUAACAUGGAGCCAAGUGACUUCCAAGGAGCUUCUACCAAUGACACUAUUAAACGUUUAGAGUCAAAAUUAGCCCAGCAAAUGAAAAAUACAGCCAAGCAGCCGGGUGAUCCUGGCCGCUUGAGUUUACCCCCAUCUCGUGGGAGCAGUGUGGAGAGCCUGUCAGAUGUUCGUGCACGACCACAGUCAGCCCUUGUUUCAGGAGAGGCCAAAAGGAUGAGUGCUGACAUGUCUGAAAUAGAAGCAAGAAUAGCUUCCAUCACAGCCUAUUCCAAGCCUAAACGAGGCCAUCGUAAAACUGCUUCAUUUGGCAACAUUCUGGAUGUCCCUGAGAUCAUCAUACCAGCAGGAAACGGACAGCAGAGGCGCAGAUCCAUUCAAGAUCUCAGUGUUGCUGGAACAGAGUCCAGUCAGGAGAGUAGAAACAGCAGUAGAUCAUCUAGUCCUAGUGUGAGAAUGAUCACUACCUCGGGACCAACCUCUGAAAAGCCAACUCGUAAUCCAUGGACACCUGAUGAUGCAGAGACCAAUGGGUCAGAUAACUCUAUCCCAAUGGCAUAUCUUACACUAGAUCAUCAGUUACAGCCUCUAGCACCAUGCCCAAACUCCAAAGAAUCUAUGGCUGUGUUUGAACAGCACUGCAAAAUGGCACAAGAAUAUAUGAAAGUUCAGACAGAAAUUGCAUUGCUAUUGCAGAGGAAACAAGAGCUAAUAGCAGAACUGGACCAGGAUGAAAAAGACCAGCAAAACACAUCCCGUCUGGUACAAGAGCAUAAAAAGCUGUUAGACGAAAACAAAAGUCUCUCAACUUACUAUCAGCAAUGCAAAAAACAAUUAGAGGUCAUCAGAAAUCAGCAACAGAAACGGCCAGGCACAUCAUGAUUUCCUGGGACCUUUGACAUUAAAAAUAUGCACAAAAAAAGACUGAUUAUUUUUUUUUUAUUGUUACUACUAUCCCUUAUUAUGACAACUCAUGAGUGUUAGCUUCUUGGUGUGAUCUGUAUUUGUCUGCUACACUUAACAUCAUUUAAUUUUCUUUUUCCUAAUGGUGGACAUCCGGUUCAACAGGUUAAUCGAAGAAGGUGAGAAAACAGUGACUUGAAUUAACCAACAGCCCUCAGUUUAAAGCAAGCCCCCAGAGGCUGUGUGCAUGCUCCUUGUGUGAAGGCUAGCCUAACACGUGUUCAAACAGCUGCUAAGUUGUAAGAUCUUGGGUUUAGUUUUUGGUAUUACCUCGAUAACGAGCAAAACAAAAACUUUCCUGUUUAAGAAUGAUUUUGUUCCAGUGUCUCAUCUCAAAUUAUUAAUAUGAUGGUUACUUUUCAGGACUUAAACAUGCACCAAGCUGCAGAGGUGAUGCUGGCUGACCAGAGCAAUUCAUGAUGCAUUAGGGAUGCCUUUUACCUGUAGACAUAGUGUAUUUUUUCCACGUGCAAAAUGGUAUGCAAACUGAUGCCAGCAUCCUUGGUUCAGUGCUUGAUAGCCCUGCAUUUUGACUAAUAUAUUUCUUGUAAUCUUGCAUUCAUAAAAUAUUUGAAGUAAAAAGCUGUAUUUUCUUUCUU